UAACGCCAUCACGGUAAAAACAGUGGGAGGAGAGAACGAGAGAGACGGGGAAGACUGGGUCACACGUACUGUCCCCACGGUCUUUUAAAGUAGAUCUCUACAAGAGAACGUCCGGAACUGGAAAAGUGGGCUACAUUCUGAAAGGGUAUUUUUGACCACCGUAACAAGAUGUGUACCCCGCGCUGUAUAGGGCAGCUGGCGUGCUGCUGUGGCUCGGCAGGCUGCUCCUGUUGUUGUGGCUGCUGUCCUAAAAUCAAGCAGUCCACAUCGACACGCUUCAUGUACGCCCUCUACUUCCUCCUCGUCACCAUCAUCUGUGUCGUCAUGAUGUCACCCACCGUGGAACAGGAGAUGAGGGACCACAUCCCAUUCUACAGUGACCUGUGUGAGAAGCUGAAUGCUGGUGAGAACUGCUCUACCUUGGUGGGUUACUCUGCUGUGUACAAGGUCUGCUUCGGGAUGGCCUGCUUCUUCUUCUUCUUCUGUAUCUUCACCCUACGAGUCAACUCUGCCACCGGCUGCCGCGCCGCCAUACACAAUGGGUUUUGGUUCCCGAAGUUCAUAGUGUUGUUGGCCUGCUGUGUUGGAGGAUUCUUCCUGCCAGAGCAGGACACCUUUCUGGAAGUGUGGAGGUAUGUGGGAGCUGUAGGGGGGUUUUUCUUCCUGCUGAUCCAGCUCAUGCUGCUGGUGGACUUUGCUCACAGAUGGAACACUAACUGGAGUUCAGGUGUGAAGGACAACCGUCUGUGGUAUGGGGCGCUGGCUCUGGCCACCUUGGUGUUGUUCAGUGUCGCCGUAGGAGCUGUGGUGUUCAUGGCUCUGUUUUACACACACUCUCAGGCCUGUCUGCUCAACAAGGUGUUCCUGGGGGUCAACGGCAGCCUCUGUUUCAUAGUCACUAUGCUGGCUAUAUCUCCCUUCAUACAGAGACUCCAGCCUAAGUCUGGCCUGCUCCAGCCAGGAGUGAUCAGUGUGUACGUCAUGUACCUCACCUUCUCAGCCUUCUCCAGCAAGCCCAAAGAGAUGUUGGAGGUUAAUGGGGUGAAUACGACAGUGUGUGUGUUCCCUUUCAACUCUGGUUCAGAGAGCGACAAGAGGAUCGUAACAGGAGUGGGAACUGUCAUCCUGUUCGGCUGUGUGCUCUACUCCUGUUUGACGUCCACCACCAGACGGAGCUCUGCAGCGAUGCGUGUGAUUAGGAACAGCGUGCCUGAGACUGAAAGAGCGCGCUGCUGUUUCUGCUUUGGAGAUGACACAGAUGACUAUGAUGAGGAGCAGACUGGAGGAGGACAAAAUGUUUUAUAUGAUGAGAGACAGAGAACCAUCUACAGCUACACCUACUUCCACUUUGUCUUCUUCCUGGGUUCACUCUACGUCAUGAUGACUGUCACAAACUGGUUCCACUAUGACAACCAUAAGAUAGAGAAGCUGCUGGAUGGCAGUUGGUCUGUAUUCUGGAUCAAGAUGGCGUCCUGCUGGGUCUGUCUCAUUCUCUACAUGUGGACCCUGCUCGCCCCCAUGGUCUGCCCCAAACGCUUCGAGGCCUAACACACACACAUGCAGACACCGAAACACAGCCCAACGUUAUUUUCAGCUUUCUACAUGGGUUUUUUGUGUUGCGUUUUUAAUGUUUUAUAUAGAAUUUUUGACCAGUUAUGAAUACUUUAAGCUAUUGUUGCCGGGAAGGCAUUUGAUGUCUUUCAUUUGUACUAUUAUUGAUGUAUGGGGUUACAUUCAGGUUGGACUCAUAGCUUGACUCUUGGGGGUGCCUAAAACAAUGGGCUGGACCAAUGUUCAUACAAUAAUGUAUGUGGCUCCCCAUGGUCCUAGAGGUGCCCAGAUUCUGUUAUGGGAGUGUCCAGCACCAAUAUCAUUUCAACCCUGUUUACAUGUUUGCUUAUAUGUGUGAUUCCCAUACUUGUCUCUGUUAUUCUUUUAUUCCCAUGAAGAGAAGUUUCAUUUCUCAGGCUCAUACAUCAGCUUGUUAUUGUCUUGAUUUUGUUUACCCCUUUUUCUCCCCAAUUUCGUGGUAUCUAAUUGGUAGUUAGUCUUGUCUCAUCGCUGCAACUCCCGUCCGGACUCGGGAGAGGCGAAGGUCGAGAGCCGUGCAUCCUCCGAAACACAACCCAACCAAGCUGCCCGCCACAGGAGUCGCUUGUGAGCGAUGGGACAAGAACAUCCCUACCGACCAAACGCCCCCCUAACCCGGACGACGCUGGGCCAAUUGUGCGCCGCCCCAUGGGUCUCCCAGUCGCGGCCGGCUGCGACAGAGCCUGGACUUGAACCCAGAAUCUCUAGUGGCACAGCUAGCAGUGCGAUGCAGUGCCUUAGACCACUGCGCCACUCGGGAGGCCCAGCUCGCUUGUUAUUCAACCCUUUUGUAGAAUACUUUUUCUAUGCAAUUAAACAAGCUGUUUUGAUUUGAUUUGCCUGUCUUUAGGUCACACAGUCAUGUGAAACGUGUUAGUUAGGAGUAAAUAGGAUUGAUUAUAUAAACGCUCCUUUUGAGCCAGAACUUUAAAUGCCAUGUCGUUUGUACACACAGUUGUGUUUUCCAAAUAAGCCUCUCUGGCUAGCAGAGCGCCGGCUGGCAGGUAGAGGACUGUGGGACCAGAGAGUCACUACUGUUGACGGGAGCUGCAAUCAUGGAGGGGAAAAUCAACAGUUUGAUUUAAAACGUUUGCCAAAGGUAGAUCUCAGAAACAAGGAACAGACAUGCUCAAGUUUUUCACCCGAGUAUCUUCUCCCUCUAUAACUGCUGCAAUCCUCCAACUCCUCGGCCCUAGAAACGUGCUUGGUGUGCUCUCUGUUGCUGAUGAAGGGUUACCUACGAGAGUUCCUUUCGGGUGUGUGAAAAUAGAAGGGGAAGGGGAUAUGGGCCAUGAACCGGGACCUUAGUGUGUAGUGGUGGUUACUCAGCGUGUAGUGGUGGUUACUCAGUGUGUAGUGGUGGUUACUCAGUGUGUAGUGGUAGUUACUCAACACUGGUUGUUGAUGUUAUUGACUCAACAAACCCAGACUAAGACUUGCCUGACAGGGAGCAAGAAACUAUUCUCCAGAACUCCAAACCAUUCAGCUAUUAUGCUUUUCUGUUUUCAUACUUACAAACCUACAGUAUAUAACCCUUUUGAUACUAAUAUGAAAUAUGUACACUUUGGUUUAAUAUAUUGGUAUUUGUUGAAGAAAAACAACUUGAAAAUUGUGAUAUUUAAGAUGUAUGUCUUUUUUACCUUAGAUUUCAGAUGAGAUAAAUAUCAGUGGACUUUGCUGAAUAGAAUAAUCAGAUAACCCUAUGAGCCAGCAGUUUGUUGAGGCAUAUUUAUGCCAUAAGGUUUCCACUGUGACUGAAGUUUCUUCACCUCAGCCGUUGUUAUGAAGGGAUUAAACCCGUCUGGAGGGAUAGGAUGUGUACAGGGUUAGGCUCCAUUCAUUAUCCAUUCAGUGAUGUCAUGGAGGGUUAUUGGAAUUUCAAUUAAACAAUGGAAUGCUUCCAUUAAAAGAAGUACAAUAAUUGUGAAAUAGAAUUUCACUUCCCUUUACUGAAUGAUGCUGAAUUGACUGGAACCCUAGUGUAAAACAUGUUGACUGAUCACUUCCUUUUUGCUAUUAGCAGAUUCUGUCCACAUGUCAUGUCAGACCUGUUGUGUUUUUUUUAUCCUGUCUCCUGUGGAGGAUCCAGAUAGACAGGAUGUGGUGCUCUACUGCAGCUCAGCUCUACACCAACUGGUCAACCUCAUGUUAACUCAUUAGGGAUGAAAAACCAAACCUUCUGAUUGGGCUGUGCGCUGCCAUACAUGACAUGUUGUGGUCCAUUUGAUGUUCUCCAUUGUUAAGAUGACCACUAGGUGUGUGCACAGGAGUGUGAGUGUGUUUGUCUCAUUUUAUUUGCACAGGAGCACUUGCGUUAGUGAGUUUUGCUCUGUGAAGAAAAUGUAGUGUGUGUGUGUAUGUUUCCAAACACUGCUCGCACUAAUUCUCUGUACACAAUUUGAUUUAGUCCUAAACACAAUAAUAAAACGAACACCUUUUCA